CCAAAUCUGAAAGCUGUUACGAAAAUCUUCAGGCGCAGAGAAAGCAAAGAAACGCCAUUAAAGACAGAGACGAAGAAGAAGAAGAAGACUAUACGAUCUCUGAUUCAAAAAGUCUCUCUUUUAAAGAGAUUCACUUUCUGAAACCAGUUCUCUACAUGCGUGUGUGUAUAUAUUAUAUAAUUAUACACACACACACAUAUAUAAUAUUUAUAUGUUCGAAGUUCAAUAAGAGCAACUGAAUUAUUGUAAUAAAAUAAAACUUCAAAAAAAAAAGAAACUCUUCGCUUUCUUGGCCUUUGACCGAAUCGAGGAAGACGUUCAUUCGUUCAGCUGCAGAGAAGUGGAUUUUGGACUGAAUUUGACUAGCUCGGUUGCUGGCACUGAGUUGACUCGGAAUUGGAAUCGGAUGCAAAAGUGAGAGGGAGGAAAUUGGAUUUAGAGUGAAAGGUGUAUGGAGACUUUGAAGUUCAAAAACCCGAGUAGUAUUUGAAGCGCGGAACUUGCUAGUGUUUGAUCAAGAAUACUGGGAUUGGGAUGGGCUGUGAGUGGUCCAAGCUCUCGGUGUGUUGUGGAGAUUCCGAACAGAAUGGACCAGUUCCUGAGGCCGAGGGCGUUGAAACUGAGGAGAAGAAUGACCUCAACUUGCCUGCAUUUCACGAAUACACGAUUGAGCAACUUCGGAUGGCUACAUCGGGGUUUGCCGUGGAGAAUAUAGUUUCUGAACACGGGGAAAAAGCCCCAAAUGUGGUCUAUAAAGGGAAACUUGAAAAUCAGAUACGAAUUGCUGUCAAAAGAUUCAAUAGAUCAGCUUGGCCCGAUGCUCGGCAGUUUUUGGAUGAAGCAAGGGCUGUUGGGCAGCUUCGUAACCAACGAUUGGCAAAUUUACUUGGUUGUUGCUGCGAAGGUGAUGAGAGGCUACUUGUUACUGAAUUUAUGCCCAAUGAAACACUAGCAAAGCAUUUGUUCCAUUGGGAAACACAACCUAUGCAAUGGGCAAUGCGAUUACGAGUGGCUUUACAUCUUGCCCAAGCUCUUGAAUAUUGUACCAAUAAGGGACGUGCCCUUUAUCACGAUCUGAAUGCUUAUAGAGUUGUCUUUGAUGAAGAUGGCAACCCUAGACUUUCAUGCUUUGGUCUGAUGAAAAACAGUAGAGAUGGGAAAAGUUACAGUACGAAUCUGGCAUUUACUCCUCCUGAGUAUUUAAGAACAGGAAGAGUUACUCCAGAAAGUGCAAUGUAUAGUUUUGGAACCCUUUUGCUUGACCUUCUCAGUGGGAAACAUAUUCCUCCAAGCCAUGCACUCGACCUAAUACGAGACAGGAAUCUUCAGAUGCUGACAGAUUCUUGUUUGGAAGGCCAGUUUUCAAAUGAUGAGGGGACAGAGUUGGUACGUUUAGCUUCUCGCUGCCUGCAAUAUGAGCCUCGAGAACGUCCUAAUCCAAAAUCACUAGUUGCUGCUCUAAUUCCUCUCCAGAAGGACACUGAGGUUCUUUCUCACGUAUUGAUGGGUAUCCCGGAUGGUGCUGCUGCUUUAUCUUUAUCUCCACUUGGUGAAGCUUGUAUACGAACGGAUUUAACGGCCAUACAUGAGAUCUUAGAAAAACUUGGAUACAAGGAUGAUGAAGGUGCAGCUACUGAGCUUUCAUUCCAGAUGUGGACCAACCAGAUGCAGGAAACAUUGAAUGCAAAGAAAAAGGGUGAUGUGGCUUUCCGCCACAAAGAUUCUAGAGCUACAAUUGAGUGUUACACCCAGUUUAUAGAGGGUGGAACUAUGGUUUCCCCAACGGUUUACGCAAGGCGUAGUUUGUGUUAUCUCAUGAGCGAAAUGCCGCAAGAAGCCUUUAACGAUGCAUUACAAGCGCAAGUAAUCUCCCCAGUUUGGCAUAUCGCAUCUUAUUUGCAAGCUGCGGCACUUUUUGCCAUAGGAAGGGAGAAUGAGGCACGAGUAGCCCUCAAAGAGGGCUCUGACCUUGAGAGCAGAAAGAAUGCAACUGCUUGACCGCUAAAGAAUGAAGGUCCAAACUUCUCUUUUACCGAAGAUGAGCACCGAAAAUUGCAUAGAGGAACAUGAUACUCAGGCAAAACGCUAAGGGGGCUCUCGUACUCUUAAGUCAGGGCUCAGAGUUACGGAUAGAGAUGGUCAUUAUCUUGUUGUGUAUGCUUGGACUGGUUAAUUUGUUGUCAUCUUGAAAGCAUUCUUUUGCGACAAUUAUUGGAUGGGUUGGUAUGGUCAGUUUUGUGGGAGAAGUGGGGACGCUUGAAUUAUUGUUUUGUGACAAAACUUGCAAUGGUUUGUUGUUGCCUGACCUGUUUCCAUAUACAUCAAUCAUGGGAAAUAAUUUGGACGCUUUAUGUAACCAAUUAUUGUAUUUUGUAAAGGACUCAACUGUAGUUUAUUUAAUCUUUUGCAUUGAAAGGAGUGAUAAAUAGGGGGAUGUUGUUUCCAUUCUUGUAUUUGAUAUGUACAGCACCUUUUCUCAUGGCUGCCCAAUGUUUGACAUGGAAAUUGGUCAUUUCCGAGUGCUAUAUUGCCUAUUGAUAAAAUUUGUUUGUUUAAUUCCGGAA